AUGGUCGAGGGCACCCAGCCGCUUCCCAUGCUGACGCCGGCAGGGGAGGUGCUGGCAUCGACAAAGUAUGGGUACGAGAUCUAUACAAAGUGUGCUGCGCUGACCGACACCGAGCUUGAGACGCACACCCGCAAGAAUGCAAAAGAGUUGGGUUUGAAGCCUUUCUCCAGCGACUACGCAGCCCCAGACAGCUCGAGCAAGCUGUAUCUUGUGAGCCUGGUGGGAAUGUCGUCUGAGAUGCGCGAGACUGUCAGGAAGGUCAAGAUCCGGCACGAGACAGCCGCUCAGUCCAACGAGUACUGGCUCAUGCCCCAGAAUCAGCUCGUGCCCGAGCAGACGAAGACAGUGUUGUCACAUGUUGAGAAGCAGGUCACAAGCCAAAAGCCCAAGAUGGGAGGCCAGAUCAUGCUGAAGACAUUGGGGGAGCUGCGUGAGGUUGCGGAUCGCCUCGACAACCAGACCCGCAGCGCCGCCGAGAGUGCCAAGCAGCCAGAGCCAAAGCCAGAUCUCAGUGCAAUGUUCGAAGACGACGACCAUGAGGACGAGGAUGACGAAGAGACCAAAGCGGCCAAGGCUGAGGCAGCUGCGGCGCUGAAGGCUGAGGAGGCCAAGCAAGAAGCUGCACAAGCUCUCCUGGCAGGCUUCCACGACGGAAGCUUGAACUCAGCUGCGCCCAAGCGACGCAAGACGGCCCAGACAGCACAAGCACAAGCGACUGCCUCCGUGGAAAGGUCGAGUGGCUCGGCCAUGGUUCCAUCGGCCGCAGCUGGGACGGGGGCCUCCGACAAGGGGGAAGGCUCUACGAGCAAGAAGCAAUCCAAGAUGGACCAGGAAGUGGACAAGUUGGAUCAUGAGAUGAAGAAUGUAGCGCUUGCGCACUACAGUAUCAACAACAAGAAGAAUGUGUCCGUGAAGUGCCUGCAGGAUCUUCGCAUCGAGAACUUCACUGCACUGAAGACGGACCACUCGAAGGGUCACGCCAUUGCAGGGGCCAAGAAGAUGCUGGAUGGCAUGGAGGAGAAAGCGGCGGAUGCGCUUGAGACGGUUGCCUUGCGGCAGAGGUACGAGCAGUGCAAAGCCUUGAAGGAAAUCUCCGAAAAACCCGAGCUUGCGGAUGUGGAGUUGGGUGACCUUGAAGAGCUUCUUUCGAAGCUAGACAAGGUGGCGCAGCACCUUCCACCGCAGUGGCGAGUGCGGACAAAUCGGGCCCUCGUUUUCCAGCACUUGAGCAAAGCGUCGGACAUCUUCGUGGCGGAGGAAGACGACGUCGAGGAGGCUGAGCGGAAGAAGGAGAUCAUUGUGGAGCACUACAAGAACGCCGUGGAGGCAUGUUUGCCUUGCAGAAGCUACAGCCAGAUGCCCUGGACCCCGUCUGCCGGCACGAGCACCAACAUGAUCACUGAGGCUUUGGAGGAGCUCUCGGGCCUCACCCAGGCUGCCUUUGAAUCUUCGAUCGGCGACGAGACCGCCGCUGAGAAGGUGGAGGCAUUCAAGCAGGAGGUUACCCCAGCUCUGGAGGCCGGGAAUGCUGCAAAGGCCUUGAUCAUGGAUAUGCUGGGCAGCAAGGGCUUCCGGAAGAUCCUGCGGAACUACGAGACGUACGAGCUUCACUUGGAGAGCUUCUGCGAAGCCACAGCAGCCUGCUUGGACGAUGCGAAGGAGCUCUUGGCCGAGUGGGCGAGCAUGGACUGUCUGCCGGAGGUGAUCCAUGCUUUCGAGCCAGAAUUGGAUCGUUUGACAGAGUUCCUGAAAUUCUUGUCGAACGCUGUGUUCCCUCUUAGCAAGUGGACGGAGCAUAGUGCCCAGGACGUGGCCACAUGGAUGGCCGCCGUCAGAAAGUCGGAUGCAAAGGUUGAGAAGGACCUGCUUGCCCUGAUCAACGAGGAUGCGUCGUGGCGAAAGCUCGUGGAUGAAAUCAUCAAGAAGUCCCCUCACGCCGUGACAAUGCAGCCCCGUCGAGAUCGGCUCCUCGAGAGUGUGAAGCAAGGGGGCUACACCGCCUCACGCCUCAAAGAAAUGAUGCUCGAGUAUGAUGCAGUGCGCAAGGGCAUGAGGGAUGUCGAGAUCGAAGAGAUCACCUUCCUUCUUCAGACGAAGUUGCGGGCGUUGGCUGAGGGCAUCAUGAGCAAGACAACAGAGGACCUCGCAGCAGGGCGCUGCAGGACUGUGGAGAUCAAUGCGGUUUUGGAUGGUCUCCGUGCUUUUGUCGAGGAGUCUGGCAUUGCAGACAUCAUUGCUUCCUUGAAGAGUUUCUGGUCCAAGCACCAGAAAAGCUUGGCCUUCAACGAUCUGCUCGAGAUCGCUGCGCAGGCGGAGAAGGACACGUGCAACUUGGCGGAUCUGGAGGAGAUCUUGAGUCGAUGCAAUGUGGCCGAUUUCCCGGUCCUGCGUGACAAGCUGUCAGACAAGGACAAGAUUCUCCUGGGCGGGUUGCUUGUGAGCUCCAUGCGUUCCAUUUUCCUAGAGGCCUGGUUUCUGCUCUUCAGGAUGCAAGCCAGCAGCCAGCUGUUGGGCCGGGCUCUACAUUACAUGUGCGUCAAGCAGAAAGGAGGCAAUUACACUGUGAUCGCCGUGAUGAAGAGGGUGAACCUUGUGCAGAAGGUUUGCCACCUUCUCCAUGCGGAAGACUCCCAGCCCGCGAUUGCCUUCAGCAAGCACGUCGAGGUGUUGAAGGCUGGCGUGUCUGCCGGAUUUGAGCUGAGGAAGUUCAAGUCUGGUGGUGACACAGCGACAAAGGCUUUGGACACCGACAAGAAGAAGACGCAGCUCAUGACCGUGGUCAACACCUACAUGGGAUUGCAAAAGAAGGGUCACGGACUCACCGGAGGGGUCGCUACGGCAAAGGAGGAGCUUGCCAAGGAGAGCCAUGAAACAGGCACCGAAGCCGAUGCCUGCAACAUCAAGAUCCUUGAGAUGGUGGAGCUGGACACCCUCGGCCUCUUCUACGAGUUGUUUCGGGACGAGCUUCUCAGUGACGCAAUAUCCCACAUGUGCUGCGGUGCUUCCGAGGCACUGCAUCAGAGCAUGCAGAAGAUGGACAAGUGCUUGAGUGGUGUUGUUGGGCGCAAGUCGUGGAAAGCCACUUUGGAGGAGGAGACUGAUCUCGACAAGGUGUUGCAGCUCGCUGAAACCACUUUGCUGAGGAUGCCGCUCAGGGGCAAGUCCUUCUUCGACAGCAUCGAGAAGUUCAAUCAGGAGCUACGUGAUGCUGAGGAGUUGGUAUCCAGCUUCGCCAAGAUCCAGGACGUGCUGGAGGCUGGCACGGGUGAGACCAUGGAACAGUUCGAGCAGCUCCAGGUCAACGUGUCCGAGGCGAAGCCUAUCUUGAAAGCAGCCCGCAUUUGCAACGUGGAGAGUGUGAUCGUUCAUAUUCUAUUGAAAGAGUCGAAGCAGCAGCUCACCGAUCGGGCCCAAGCACAAGGACUGCUUCGCGACAUGGUUGCCCAGGUGACGGGGAAUACGAACGGGAUUGUCCGCGAGGAUGUGCACCCGCUCUUGAUGACUGCAGCCGAAGGGUUCAGUGACUUCGAGACGGACCCGACGCUUGAGAAGAAGCGCCGUGAGUUUGUCCAUGAGGCCGCCACCAAGCUUUGCAACGCACGGCUCAUCCGAAUCGACAACAAUCGCAAUUACAAUCCUACUGACUUGGGUCGCGUGGCUGCCCGCUUCUACGUGGACUGGGAGACCGCGGAAUCCUUCAGCAAGGGCCUCAUCCAGAACAUGGACGAUGACAGGAUUCUGGCCCUCUUCGGCAAAGCUCACGAGUUCAGUCAGCUGAAGAGCCGAGAAGACGAGCAAGCCGAGCUGGGCCAGCUGAUGGAAGACCCACAGGUCUGUCCUGUACGUGUUCUUGGUGGCACCGACAACAUCUACGGCAAGGUGGCCAUCCUGCUUCAAGUGUACCUCAGCCGAAAGUUCAUUGAGGGCUUUAGCUUGGUGAGCGACUGCAACUACGUGCUGCAGAACGCCUCGCGGCUCUUCCGUGCCCUGUUCGAGAUCACAAUGACUCGUGUGACCAACAUGAGCGAGAUGAGCGACCGACUGUUGGAGUGGUGCAAGAUGAUCGACCAGCGCCUUUGGCAAAGCCAACACGUGCUGCGACACUUCUGCUACCCUCCGGGCAGUGCUGCGAGCAACAAGGGUGGCAAGUCCUUAGACGAAGGGCCGAAGGGAGGCGUCCUGAAAGAGCAGAUCGUGAAAAAGCUCGAGGAUGCCAACUUCGAUUACUGGACCUGCAUCAACAUGACGGUUUCAGAGCUGACCAACAUCUCCGGCAGCAGGGACUGGGGCAAGGCGAUUGACAAGUACAUGAAGCGCGUGCCGAAUUUGGUUCUGGAUGCCAAGAUCCAGCCCAUCACAUCGACGAUCAUGAGGAUCACGCUGACCAUCAAACCGAGCUUCGACUGGAGUGAUCGCUGGUCUGGGCCCAGCGAGCCUUUCUGGGUCUGGGUGGAGAACCCCGAGUCGCAGGACAUUCUGCACAGCGAGUACUACGUGCUGCACAAAAGGAACAUGCAAGACUCAGGGCAGCUAUCGUUUGCCAUUCCGCUCACGGAGCCGCGGCCACCGCAGUAUGCAGGCAACUUGGCACAGGGUGGCAUCCGAGCGCGCGUAGCCAAUGUGCUGCCAAAGAGGUCGCGCUCGAAGAACACCCGCAAUGCCGAGCACAUGGAAGAGGCGCAAAAGGCAAAGCUCCGUGCUGCACAGGCUGCGUCGCAAAAUUCGACGCUCCGCCGCAUCCGAACCCGGCGUCCAUGGUCUCGCAGCAGCGGCAGGUCUCCCCUCUUUCAUCCCUUGGAGCACCGCGCCUUCUUCGACCAAGACCUGGGCCUCCGCCCGGUGCUGCUGAAGCGAGGGCCACUUCACCCCCUUCCUCUGGCGGCUGCAUCAGCAGCUCACUUGCUUCGUGUCUACCGCAUGGACAUCAAUGCCCACCUCGUCGCCGAUCCCAGGACCGGACCUGACCCGCAGCAGCGCCACCGACUCGGCGCGCCGCCCUUGGAGACCCUGGCCAGAGGUGGCGCCGUGCGACUGGAGGAUCUCGCGCGCUUCCGACCCUCGCUGCUCUCCAAAGAUGGAUUCGCCAAAGACUUGCGGCAGAUGAUGCCUGGCGAUCGUGGCUUGGCCUUGGCUCUCACCUGGGCCGCCCCUCGCGCUACGCCCCAGCCCCUGGAGCAGGUCGGCGACGAGCGCUUUAUCGUGCAAAUCUUUGGAGCACGACGAUGGUCUCUGUGCGGGCGGGACGCAACGCCCGGAAAUGCAGCCGACUGCUCUGUGGUGACGCUGAGGAGAGGCGAUCUCCUCUACUUGCCCUCCCGCACCUGGCACUUCGCCGAUCGGGCUCCUGCGCUCUCUGCACACCUCGCUCUGGCGGCGGCGCCGUUGGUCUUCGCGGACCUGCUUAGUGCUGCUGGGGCGACGUCAGAGAUGAAGGCGAUGUCCAGUCCCAUCCUUGCACAACCCUUGCCUUUCUGGUCGACGCCUUUGCUCGGCCGUCUGGAGAACCAGUGCGUUUUGCUCCCGUGGCCGUUAGCACGCCGGGCCGCAGGAGUUUGCUCCCAGGAGAGCCUCAACCUCGCGCUUCAGCGUCUCCUCGUCGGCACCGCGCCGCGGAAGCCUGCCCAGCCAGCACGGCGUGCGUCGGUGGGUCCCACUGCCGUGCCGCCGCCAUCCGAAAAGGAGGCGCAAAAGGAAACAAAGCCCGUGCCGCGAAGCGACCACCGUGCUCGGCGACGUCGCGAGCUCGUGUUCAUCGCGUUUCUGGGACCGGUUCUGCUGUUCCUCGACAGACGCGGAGCCCGCUUGCCGGGGUACUCCAACGAAACUGGGCGCCCUCUCGCCACGAGAGGAGGAGCGAGAAAGAAGCAGAAGCCGAGUCCUGUUGGUGUGGAUCCGGCGACAUUCGUGACGACUCUCUCCGCAACAGCCGAAGAAUACAGGCCCCAGCCUGCGCAGCAGCAGUACGCGGACUAUGGGCACUUCGAUGCUGCCUGGGCAGCCAACGUGGCCCGCAUGAGCGUUGUGUAUUACGGGCCACCGACAGCACCUGGGUACUUCACCCAGCCGAACACUCUUGGGGAAGAUGCGCGCUCGAACUACUCAGUACGCACGUACGACUCUUUCUCGUAA